AUCUUUCCAACCUCUCUCUCUCGGCUGCACUGUCCUAGCCUCCCCACCAAACUUCUUUUCUCCUCCUUGCCUAUUAUCCUCUCUCUCUUUCUCUAGCCAGCUUCCUUCACAGCGCUCUGUCUCUCUAGCUUCCUCCACAAAUCAAAAGGACUGAGAGGAAAUAAUUUGUCUGUGGUCUCCUAGAUCUCAAGUAUAUAGGGUACAGGAGGCGUCGUUCUGUUUAUACAUAUCUCUUGCGUCGCUCCCUCCUCGUCCUCCGCGAGUAGGCGUGCUUGGAGAUCGUUCUUGAGGAAAAAUGUCGUCUGUCCAGUUCGCCUCGGAGCAAGUUUGCUAUGUCAACUGCAACUAUUGCAACACCAUCCUUGUGGUGAAUGUGCCAAACAAUUGUUCCUACAACAUUGUUACUGUGAGAUGUGGGCAUUGCACAAUGGUGCUCUCCAUGGAUCUUGGCCCUUUCCAUCAAGCACGCACUGCUCAAGAUCACCAGGUCCAGAACAGGGUUCCCCCGAAUAAUUUUGGGAGUUAUGAGCCAGCUGCUAGGAAUCAGCGGACAUUGUCAAUGUAUCCGAUGUCGAUCAAUCAGCAGCAGGUGUCAGCGAUACGCCCCCCAGAGAAGAGACAGCGUGUACCAUCUGCGUACAACAGAUUCAUCAAGGAAGAGAUACAGAGGAUAAAAUCAUGCAACCCUGAGAUUAGCCACCGGGAGGCAUUUAGUACUGCUGCAAAGAACUGGGCUCAUCUUCCUCGUCUCCACUUCGGCCUGAGCGUUGUAGACGGCGGCGGCGGGGGCGGCAAUUAGCUCCGAUCAAGACCAGACUUUGCAUGCAAAAAACGAUGGAUCAGGCGAUCAUGGCGCCGUACGUGUCAUCAUCGAUCUUGGUUGUAUGUAUUCCAGUUUCCAUGUGUGUGUGUGUGUGUGCAUGCAUGCAUGCAUGUCCUUUUAAAAUUACGUACCCACGUGUGUCUAGUGAAGUUUUAAUUACUACGAUCGUGUCAUCGAUCGAUCUCUGGACUAUCGCAUGUCGAUCUUGCGUACAUUUAGAUCAUGCGCUAAAUAAAUGGACAAAAUUUGUGUGUUUAUCUA